AUGGUUGGUGUUGGGUCGCGGUUUGUAUCGGAGAGUUCCAGCUCUUCAUCCGCCGCUGGUGCUGAUUCGGAGUACGAUCCACGGAGCCUGUUCGAGAAGCUUCAAUCGCAGAAGGAGGCCAAAGAUGCCAAGUACGACGAGAUGUACAAGCUCUCCAACCAGUUUCGCGGCAUUGACGAGGGCGAAUCCGACUUUCUAGCGCACAUCAAGCACGAAAAGGCGCAGGAGGAGAGGGAGAAGCGACAGAGAGAGACGCAGGAGCUUGAAGCGUUUAGGAACGCGCAGGCGAAAACUCCUCUUCCACCACCCGUAGGCAACGCAGACGAUAAGGAGAAGAAAAGUCCAGAAGCGGCGGCAAAGAGCGAUAGAGCGCCGGUCAAGAAGAAGCGCAAAAACGACUCGGCCGCGAUGUUGGGUAUCAAGAGGAAGAAAUCCACCCAGGUAGCGGGGACAGGCUCGGGUAAGGCAGACAAAGCUGAUGGUGAUGCCAAGAAGACGUGA